UAGUGUUCUGUGUUCAACGUGGAUAUCGUCAUUCAGAGGAUAGCGUGGAAAGCUAUGGCGUCCGCCGUCCACCAAAACUGCCACCGCCUCCUCGGGCUCCUCCUCCGGCCUCUCCCCGCCCCGGGUCCCCACCCCCGCCUCUCCUUCUCGCCGCGCCCUGCCGGCGUCCGUUCCUUCUUCCCCGCUCCCGGUUGCCGCCUCGGUACAGAUGCCGUUGCGCUUGCAGAGCCAGAGUUGGUGCCCCCGGAGGAGGAGGAGGAGGAGGACGAAGACGCCCGGUUUGUCGUGGUGACCUUCUACAAAUUCGUGCCCUUGGAGGACCCCCGCGCCGAGGUCGCCAGCCACCUCCAUUUCCUCCAGGGACGCGAUAUACAUGGACGCAUUUACUUGAAUGAGCAGGGAAUCAACGCUCAGUACAGUGGUCCACGCAAAGACGCAGCGGCAUAUGCAGACUGGGUUAAGAAAGAUCAUCGGUUUCAUGAUAUGCUUGUUCAAACGUCGCCCGCUUUAGCUGGGCAUGCCUUUCCUCGAUUGAAACUCCGGUACAAGCCAUCACUUGUUCAGUUAGAAGGAGGGAGUUUGCAUCUUCCAUUGCUGGACCCUAGCAUGCGUGCAAUGCCGUUGACUCCGUCAAAAUGGAAGGAAAGACUUGAAGCUAGGGCAAGCCUUGAUGAUGUGUCCUCAAGUGAAAUGUCUGGAAGGAAGCUUCUGCUGCUUGAUGUCAGGAAUGACUAUGAAUGGGACGUUGGGCACUUUGAAGGUUCUCAGCGGCCUAACGUGGAUUGCUUCAGAAGCACUUCCUUCGGGCUCUCGGGAGAGUACUUGAAAUUGCAGGUGUCGGAUCCUCUGAAUGGCGUAGACAAAGAGAAGACGGAUAUACUGAUGUACUGCACCGGCGGGAUAAGAUGUGAUGUAUAUUCAACAAUUCUCAGGAAGAAGGGCUUUCAGAAUCUGUAUACACUGGAGGGAGGAGUGUCCAACUAUCUCAAGGCGGAGGGACCCGCGGGGUGGGUGGGGAAUCUCUUCGUCUUCGAUGGCCGGCUAUCGCUGCCGCCGGCGACGUUCAGGCGGCCUGCUUGUUGGCCGUCGUCGUCGUCGUCAUCAUCAGAAGAAGAGGAGCAGAAGCAGAGGUGGGUGGGGCGCUGCUAUGCGUGCGGAUCGGAGGUGGUGGAGCUGCGCCACCGCAACUGCGCCAACAUCGACUGCAACCGCCUUUACAUGUCCUGCGGCUGGUGCGCCGAGGCGCUGGCCGGCUGCUGCUGCUCCGACUGCAAGGCCGCCCCUCGGCUGCGCCCGCUCCUGCCGGGCUACCAGAGAUACUUGAAAUGGCAUGUCUACCGUGAUGGAUUGGAUUGUUAGAUGACUGCUGCUGCUGCUGCUGCUGCUGCUGCUGCUGCUGCUGCUGAGAGUUUAGUUAGUACUACCAGUAGUUGAUUGAUUAAUUGAAACUGAUCGCCGACAAGAACACAGCAUAUUCGUUCGGGCAACAGACUCCAGAAAUCAAAUCAAACGGCAUACUUUCUGCUCGGCUCC